UGACAUUGCUGCUCGCGCUUAUAUGCAUCCUAACGUGUUUUAUGUCACAAAUCGUCAACAUAACCUAAAUAAUUUUUUGCUGAAUGAUGACGGCAAAUUUGCGUUUGAUAAACAUACAAUAUUUUUAAAUAUUCCAGUGUUAAAAGUGCUUAUUAAUUCAAAAUGACAACUCUCUUCGGUUGGGAUUUGCUAUACAAAAGCGUCGAACAAGAUAUAAAGAACAAUCACGAUAUUUUAGUGUGUUUGACCCAUCUAGUUUUGGUAUCCAACGAUUUUAGAUGUAUCGGAUUGGGAGAAUCGAAAGUUCUGGAUGGAGACGAACAGAAAUCUGAGGCCUUGCCGAAAAACUGGAACGAGCAUUACGCCAUAAGGUACGUCCACAAAGGUAAAUUGUACAAUUUAAAAGCCACCCCUCUGGAUGACGCUAUCAUGAUUAAUUUGAUAAGAAUCGAUGAGAGAACUGUGUCUUUUGUGCAACUGAACCCUCGCUUUGUAGCCCAACGAACGGGAUCUUUAGAUGAAAUGAUACCAAACAACCAAAACAUAGUGGAACAGAUAAAAACUCAGUUGAUCGAUAAGGUGAUUGUCUCGAAAAAAUCCAAAGAAACUUCAAGCCAAACAGAUCCUCAAAGGAAUGUUAUCGCUUCUGAUAAUACUCAGGUAUUACCAAAUCCAAGUGGUCAACGUAUUUUUAUACCAUUUCCACAAAGCUAUUCACCUUCAGAUUAUGGUAGAAGUGAUUUGGACCCCCUAGGUGGUAUUGGUAUCGGACCUGUAAGGGUACCCCCGCCUGCUGGUGGAGGGAUGCUUUUCCAGCCCCCUGGACCAUCAUUUGGAGGAGGAUUUGGUGGAAUACCUGGAGGUCCGCCACUUGGAUUGCCUCCUGGUGCUGUCCCUCCGGGUUCGAGGUUUGAUCCUUUUAGGCCUCCCGACGUCGAUAGAUUUCCCCCUAGAAGGCCUAAUAGACAAGAUAAUGAUGAAUUUCCUCCUCCAGGUUAUGAUGAUAUGUUUAUGUAGAUUUAAGAAUUCAAGAAUAAGUUGUAUGGUUAAGAUUUUUCUAAUAUAAUAAAGGCAGUAUCUUUGGUUUUAUUCAUGUUUUAUUUUUAUUUGUUUUUAUGUUAAUAAAAUGAAAAAUUGUA